AUGUUGCAAAAAUUGAAUCAACAAGAACGUGAUAGUCAACUUUCCACUUUAUUGAAUACUAAUUCUUGGGAAUUACUUCAGGAGCGUGACGCUAUAAAGAAAACUUUUAAAUUUAAAAACUUUAAUGAAGCAUUUAGUUUCAUGACAAAAAUAGCUUUGAAAGCUGAAAAGAUGGAUCAUCAUCCCGAAUGGUUUAAUGUAUACAAUCGUGUUGAAAUUACUCUCACAACACAUGAUUGUCAAGGAUUAUCUAAACGAGAUAUUGAUCUUGCAAAUUUCAUUGAAGAUUCAUACAAAACUAUAUCAAAAUGA